AUGCCAACCUCCGCCGCGCACACACACGAGCCCCCGUCUCCCAGCAGUGCCCCGGCUGCAUCGAAGAAGCCGCGUGGAGAGAUGACGAAAGGCGGCUUCAACUUGCCUACAAACUUUGUCACCCAGCUGCAGAGGCGCACCCUCGGAGCUCGCAACGACUCACCUGGCGGCAUGACUUCCGGCGCAGCUACCCCACGCGCGCCGUCGGGCACGGCUACCCCAGGCCCGACGACGACUUCAGGUGCGGGUUCGCGCGCUGCGACGCCCCGCGCGACCGCCGGUGCUACUCGUACGACCACGCGUCAGCGAGCGACUACAACUGCCGGGGAUCUUAGUGCGCCCAUUGCGAACCAGGACCUGUUGGGGUUGGGCGAUGGAGGAAGCGCAAGCAACCGACGCCUUGUGGACAUCGUGCUGCAGCUGCGUACCACCAUCGACCGUCUUGAGUCUCAGGUCGCCGGCAUGGACACCGCCAUGAAGAAACUCCAGGGGGGUCAGUCGCAGCUGUUGACCAACACCGACAAGGGUGAGAUUGAGAUGUCCGAGGUCCGCGAGGACAUCGAUGGCCUAGUCCAACGGGCCGACAACCACCACGGCCGCUUGAGGGCAUUGGAAGACGCCGUGGAAAACGCGUCGCUUCAAUUCCUGGAGGGGGCACGGGAUGGGGUAUGCGCAGCUGAUGAACAGCCGAACCUCGCGUACGCAAUGAGCGAACUCGAAGCGGGCGCGAACGCGACCGCGGAGGAGCUGAGGAGCAGCUCAUUCUUUGCCGUUAUCCGCGCCGUGUUCGUCGGACUUCUGGGUGUUACGAAGAAGGCAAAGCCUCCUACUCCACUGAAGCAGGGCUUCUGGACCACCGAGGACGACAACGACCCAAACCGACUCUUACGCCCCCGGUGGGACGACGGUUGGGAAGCUAACCGUGAAGGUUGGUCGCUCGAGGCCAUCCAGAAAGUAAAGCAGGACGGACGUAGAUGGUCGACGUCCUUGUCGCAACAGAUGCUUGACGUCUUGCCCGCGGACCUCGUCGAGAAAGGGCUGAGCACAAGCUUCAACACCUGGGCCAAGCGGUACCGCGAUCAGCGUGACAAGGACGCAGAGACGCGUCUGAAGAUCAAGAUUGCGAACAGGCGUCGCGCGCGGAAGCAUACAAAAGCUUCCGAGCGUCUCCUCUACCGCGACCAGGUUCCGGAGCUCAUGGACGAGUCUUACGACUGGGUUUUCCUGUGGCAGUACCAGUCCACCGACGAGUCUGAUGCGGGUGGGCCAGCGUUGGUUGUGCACCAAGAUGCUGGGGCACAACCUGUGGUUCUCAAGACGUCAGGAUCGCGCUCGAAGCCGUGGAAGAAGCGCGCACCUGCGUAUCGCAAGGCAGGGGUAGGAGGCAAGGAAAUCACGCCGCACCUCGACACCGUAGAUGAAUUCAUCGAGGCUGCCCACGUUGAGGAUGAGGAGGACAACUGCAACGGCACGACGCACCAUGCCCGCAUCCGCGGUGAAGACAAAGCGACCUCCGACUCUGUACUGCCCGUCGUGCGCCAGAGGAAGAACCAGAAGCCGGGCGAGAUCCCAGUGACCAAGAUACCCCUCGAGAUGGUCGAUCCAGCCUGGCUCAAGUCUGCGCACGGGCGGAAGUUUGCCAGCCUGAAGUAUAUCAGUGGCUGGGUCGCCGGGGAUGGGGAUGUAGAUGGGGGGACCGAGGGCGACGAUGAGGACAACGGAGAGGGCGAGGGAGAGGGAGAGGGAGAGGGAGAGGGAGAUGCACAGCACUAG